GUCGACUGUAUUUUUUUUUUUUUAAAGAGCGAUGCAUACAGCUGGUAAACAGGCAGUAAUCCAAGAAGUGAGCAGGUUACACCUAGAAAGAUCUAAAAAGAGGCUAGAGAAAGGGAAGAAGACAGGCCAGGCAGGUAGAGACAGUCGUCAUGCUGUGUUUGGAAGUGUUUGACGCGCGAGAUUCACCGAGCUUGAUCAAACGUCAUUCAAUUAUCGCGUAAUUUCAGAAAUUGCUGAUUUUUCACAGUUUUCGAAUCUUCGACAAAAGUUCUUUAUUCCGAUUUUUCUUUUUCGUUUCGUUGAGAAGAGGAGGAUCAAACGCGUGGCAAAUCGAAUUGCGGAGUUCGAACGAGACUCGCGUAUGAUCGUGUUUGACACGGAAAUAAAACGGAUGUAAACAAUGAUCGCGUUAAUCGUUGCUCUCCGAGUGUGUAAUUUAUAUCGUUUCUGUAACUACCUUUCGUGGAAUAUUUGAAAACGAAACUCGACUGCAAGAGUGGACAUGAGGGCGGUAAUAGUGUUUUGCUUAAUGUCGUUGUCCCUGGUCGCUGCAUUCGAAUGGCCCAGUAAAAGGUUGACCGACAAAAUCGUGGACUUCUCGCUCUACCAGAUCUACCCUAGGAGCUUCAAGGACAGCGAUGGAGAUGGCAUUGGUGAUCUCAAAGGUAUCACGAGCAAGUUGGAUCAUUUGGUCGAGUCGAACAUCGACGCAUUAUGGUUAUCCCCGAUUUACCCAAGCCCCAUGGUCGAUUUCGGCUACGAUAUUUCCAACUUCGUCGAUAUUGACCCCGUAUUCGGCACCUUGUCGGACUUGGAGAGCUUGCUGAAGACGGCACACAAGAAGGGACUGAAGGUUUUCCUGGACUUCGUUCCGAAUCAUUCAUCGGAUCAGCACGAAUGGUUCCGGAAGAGCGAAGAAUCGAUUGAACCUUAUACGAACUAUUACAUCUGGAAGCCUGGACGAGUGGUAAAUGGCGUUCGUCAUCCGCCGAAUAAUUGGGUGAGCGCAUUUGGUGGACCAGCAUGGACUUGGAGCGAGAAACGACAGGCGUAUUAUUUUCACCAAUUUUCAGCGGCACAGCCGGACCUGAACUACCGUGAUAAACACGUGGUACGAGAGAUGAAGAACGUCCUCAGAUUCUGGUUAAGGAAAGGUAUCGAUGGGUUCAGAAUGGACGCCUUACCUUACCUUUUCGAGGACGAUCGAUUCUUGGACGAGCCUCUAAGCGGUAACACCAACAAUCCUAAUGAUCCCGAGUACACCAAGCCGAUAUACACCAAGGACCAACCCGAAACUUACAAACAAAUUCUCGACUGGAGACUGGUCUUGGAUGAGUUCGAGCAGCCAAAAUUCAUAAUGAUCGAGGCCUACGCUAAUAUGUCGAUGACGAUGAAAUAUUACGCGUACGGGGCGAAUUAUCCCUUCAAUUUUGGAUUGAUCGUGGACGUGAACAAGCGUUCCACAGCGUCGGACUUCAAGAAAACGAUCGAAUCGUGGAUGGAAAAUAUGCCGGCUAAAAGCACUCCCAAUUGGGUGGCCGGGAACCACGACCAACCUAGACUGGCGACGAGAUUCGGGCCAUCACUAGCCCGUGCCGUCACCAUGAUGACGCUUUUGCUACCAGGUGUCGGCGUGACAUAUAACGGAGACGAGAUCGGUAUGGAGAACACUUGGCUCUCGUGGGAAGACACGCAAGACCCGCAGGGGUGUAAUGCCGGCAAACAGGGUUACGAAGCGGUCUCCAGGGACCCCGAAAGGUCGCCAUUCCAAUGGGACGAUUCCGUCUCUGCCGGUUUCUCCACGAACCCGAAAACUUGGCUCCCGGUCAACGAUAAUUACCAGUUCAUUAAUCUGGCCGAGGAGAAAAAGGACAAAAACUCGUACUACAACUUCUACAAGAAAGUCUCGGCGUUGAAGAAGUCGCCGUACUUUAAACGGGCCAGCUUAAUUACGAAGCUGCUGAACGAGAACGUUUUCGCCUUUGCCAGGGAAACUAAGGGCCACGGAUCUGUUUACGCAAUAGCAAACUUCGCGAAUACAGAAGAGACGGUGGACUUAUCAGUGUUCGAUAACGUAUCGUACCAAUUGAAUGUGUAUUACAUCAGUGAUGGUUCUACUUUACUUUCCGGGGACAGCAUCACCGAUAUCCAGCGCGUACGGAUUCCUGCCUUGGGACUGGCGAUCUUGAUCACCCCGGGUGCUAAAUUUGGAAACGAAUAAAUCACAGAGACGGAUCUUCUUUUCACGCAUCUUCAUAAUACAAUUUUCCGAUUUUUAAUUUCCGAUUUUUCUGCGUAUGCUCUCCUUACUUUCGCGAAAUAUUUUAUCCGACAUAUAUGUGAAUAUACAUAUAAGAUGUACCAGUAUCGAAGCCUACGAUAUUAAAU